AUGAAAAGUUAGAUAAAUAAUUGGAGAGAGAGAAGAGUCUUCCAUCUUCUAGGACAAGCUAAUAAGAGAAGCUAGAGCUAUUACCAAAUAUGAUGGAGGAUAGUGGUGGCACUGAAUUUUCAAAGACAAGCCCUAAUUCAGACAAAAAUGAGGAUGAAGACGAGAACACUUCGAUCAAAUUACAUAAGGAUGGAGGAAGCUCAAGCAACAGUACUAUUGAAGAGGGUGUAAAGAAGUUCUCCGUGAGGCCUUAUGUUCGAUCUAAGAUGGUUAGACUCCGAUGGACACCUGAUCUCCAUCGUCGUUUUGCUCAUGCUGUAGAAAGACUUGGUGGACAUGAUCGAGCAACACCCAAAUUAGUUCUUCAAUUGAUGAACAUAAAAGGACUCAACAUUGCUCAUGUCAAGAGUCAUUUGCAGAUGUAUAGAAGCAAGAAGAUUGAUGAUCCAGCUCAAGGGAUUACAAAUCAUCGCAAGCUUUUUAUGGAAGGUGGAGAUCCAUACAUCUACAACUUGAGCCAACUCCCUAUGCUAUCAAGCUUCAAUCAAAGGUUCAACAGCACUUCUAGAUAUGGAGAUGUUUCUUCUAGGAAUUGUCAAGAUAAUAACUUGAUGCAUAGCUCCAUAAUGGGACAAAGCACAAUUGACAAGGCCAGAACAGGAUUUUACACUACACUCAAUGAGAGGAUCUUUGACAGCAACCAUAUUGAUAAGCUCACUCCAUUAUUCCAAAUUGCUGAAAAAUCUCAAGCAAGAGUACUAUUGAGUCCUUUGAAAAGGAAGGCUAUGCAUUGUGACCUAAUUGACUUGAAUUUAUCCUUAGGAGUAAAGAAAAAAAACAACAGCCACGAAGACGAUGACGAUGACGAUGAUGAUGGGAGUACUUUAACAUUGUCACUGUCCUCACAAAAAUCUCCUUCAAGAUUGAAAGAAGAUGCUAAUUAUGCUACAAUUGAAAAUGCACGAAGAGGGGCAAGUACUCUGGAUCUGACUCUAUGAAUGUGACAUGAUAAUUCUAAGUGAGAUCUUGAGGUACUUGUCUCUGAGAUUAAUGCAUUUUGUUGAGAAUCUCUAUGUACUAUUUAAAAAGUUAAUAUUACUACUCUAGUAUUUAAUUUUAUGCAUCUUAAUUUGACUGUGCUUAGAAUAUAAGAAAAGUGUGCUACCACGUACUAAAUUAAAGAUGCACGUAAUGUAUCAAAAUGGUUUUUAAAUUUUAUGGUUUUAAAUGUGCCACGUAAAAUGU